AUGGUCAGGUAACUGUAUCAGAAAUGAAAAAAUAGAGAGAAGAGAGAACUGGAUUGAUAAAUUUGAUUUUGGUUGAUGGUUGAAAAAUUGAUAGUGUGUAAUGUUUGGGAAUUCGAGAAUUUUUGGAAAAUUUUAAAUGUUGUUUGGACUGGAUUUUUUUUGGAGAAGAAAGAAAUUUGAAAACUUGAAGUUCUGCUCUGGAAAAAAAUCGAAAAAAAGCUUGCACCAGGAAUCGAACCCGCGAUCCUGAGAUUGGCAGCAGACACCACUGCCAUUGAGCUAUCCAAACUUUUUUCUGGUAACCAGAAGUUCAGAUUCCGAAUCGUAAUUUCUAAACCUUUGAUUUCAGUUAAUCUAAAAACUACCAAAACUUCUCAAAUUUCCUGAUUUCAUGAUUCAAUUAUCAUAUCAAACCACAAUCAAGAAAAAAAGUUCCCAAUUUUUUUUCAAAAACAAUUCACGUCUAACUUUUUCUCUCAAUUCAGUUAUUUAGUCUAUCUCCUCUAUCAAUGCCAUUUCUCUUCUUUUUCCCCCUAAAUGACCACUUCUUAUCAUUGAAAAAAAAUGGAAUUUCAAGAGGCAAAUGACCUUUUUCAAAACGAAGAAAACUGGUUACUAAAAAACAACAAGAAGUCAGAGAAACAUAUAUUUUUUUGCAGUUUCACUCAAAAUCUAUCUGCUGUGUUGGCUGAUCCGGGAAGAUCGCGCACCGAAACAUCUACAUUUUUCACACGUCAUUGGGGUGACACAUUUGUGCCGCAAGCCUCGAUUUUGGCAUCGAAAAAAUUGCCGAAAAUCUCGAAAGCCACGUUUGAGAAGUAUAAUCAAACUACUGGAGAGGUAAUUUUUUGACGACUUUUGAAACAGAAAAAAAUUAAGUGUUGUUAAUUUGAAAUUAAAAAUUUGAUGACGUAAGAAUGAGUACUGUAUUUAUUAUUUUGUACUUAUUCUCUUUUGAAAUAUAUUUUUGUUUUUGAGACAAAUUAUUGUGGGGGAGAACGAUGACAAUGAAUUAGUGAAGCGAGCGGAUUUUUCUAAUUAGACCGGUCCUAAAAAAUUUUUGUUCGUCAUCAUUAAAAUUUUUGAUUUGUUUUUGAUGGGUCAGAAAUUUGGAAAAUGAGUCAGGAAUUUUAAGAAACUUCGAAAAAUAUGUUAAAAAUAUUCGUCUGAAAAUCAGAUUUUCCAACAUUUUGAAGUUCGGUCUAAAAAUAUCAAAAUCUCUAGAAUUUCUCAAAAUUAAAUUCAAAUGGUUUUCAUAAAAUUCCACGUUUCAAAGUUCCUCUAACCUGGACCACAGUUAAAAAUAUUUGUCUGAAAAUCAGAUUCUCCAACAUUUUUAAAGUCUAAAAAUAUCAAAAUCUCUCGAAUUUCUCAAAAUUAAAUUUAAAGGGUUGGUGCUCCGCCAGGGAAUCUUGCUUAGUUUAGAUAGAAAUAAGGUGCUCCUGGAAGGUUCCAGUUUUAGAAAAAAUUCUAGUAUCAAUUCAGUCCAUGUUUUUCCUCAAAAACACAAGCGAGUUAAAACCUACGAAAUAAAGCAAGUAAAUGCGCUCUAGCGCACAACUCGUUUUUGAAUUUUCGUGCGUGUGUUUGCACACAACUUUGAAAAUAACACGGUGACGCCUUUUUGCAGACGGUUUUUUCACCAGGAAAACACCAACCCUUUAAAUGGUUUUCAUAAAAGUCCCCCUAACCCAUCAGUAAUUCUAUGUUUUCCAGUCCUACAAACGAUAUCGCUCAAUUCGCCGCGCACUUCGACUAAGUCACUGCGAAGGCGGUUCACUUGGAGAUGAUAAACAAGACGCGGAUGAUUUACCUACGGUAAGUUACCCCAACUCACCUCCUCUUUCUUUUCUGCAACAUUUCAUAUUGAUGAGCUCGCUCAUCUUCAUAAAUUGUUUGUCCAAUUGCCAUAAUCAUUUUUGCAACAAAAAAGUAUACUAUUUUAGUUAUUUAGUUUUGGUUUAACCUACUCGGUGAGCUUGAAAAAAAAAUAGCUGAAAAAUGAUAGGACAACUGUUUGGUUUUAUGUUCUGAAACCACUAUACAACACGAAAAAAAGAAGAAAUAAUAUAAUAGCAAUGCAGAAAAAAAACAAUUUUGCACGAGAAAAGUUGCGGUUUGAUGAACAUUUCCAAGGUGAUGAUUUGGUGUAAUUUUUAUGGGUUUGCUGAUUUUUUGGAAUUCAGAAGACGUUAAGGUUUAGUUGAACACCGAGCCCAAUUUUUCGGGGUUUCCGGGUUGGUUUUUGGUGUUCGGGUUGAAAUUUCCAAAUUAAAAAUCGAAUUUUAAUCAUUGCUAAUUAAAAGUACUUGACAUUUUGAAAAAAAAAACAUUUUGACAAAUAGAGAAAAAAAAACAGCUGUUGGGGUAAUUUUAGCGGAUAUGAAGAUUUGUGUUAUGGAUUUAUUAGUAGUCGUAAAAUUUUGUUUUUUGAGAUCCUCGGAUUUUCAUGUGGAAAUCUUGAUUUUGUGCCACGUGGAAAUUGAAAAAGAAAAAUCAACAUAGAUUUUUCCAACAUGAGUUAUUAAAAAAUAUUAAUUAGAUGGUGCUAAAAAUGAGACAAUGGAUAAAAAGAGAAAUUUGAACACUGUUAAAAAUGCGGCUUGCUAAAUUUCACCCAAAUUUAAUUCAUUUUCCAAAAAUUCCCAAAUCUCGAAAAUUCCAGAUCUUCAUCCACCCCUCAUUCUCAUUGGCCGAUCCCGAAACAUUCUCAAGUGUCUUCACAAUUCCACCCAACGAAAACAACGAUGCACUUCGGCAAACACUUUCCGGAAAAAAUGUGGUUCCAGCGACGCCGAUUGAAGUCGCCACUAAUUUGGUGAGGAAAAUUUGA